CCACCAUGUCAGUUCUUUUUAUAGAUUAUGAUUAAGGCGGACUUUCCCUUGAAGUCCGCGGUACACACCUAUCCCAGGGCAAUGUACCGAUUAUCAAAUCCCCGUUUUGUGCUUAGAAGAGCGUUUUAUGGAAUCAAGCCCUCUUCCUCACUGCAAUGCACAGUGACAAAACCCGAAGAUCAUUCCUUGGAAGAAGAUGCAGGCCAAAUCUCCAGUGAUACUAAGGCAAGCAAGUUUAACUUCAAUUCAGUGUUACUGUCUAAGGUCAGGGCUGAAUUGAAGACCACAGUUGAAGGAUAAUUUAUACAGCACACUCAAAGGACCACAAAGGUCACAAUGCAGUAGCCCGGAGCGCGAUAGUCUGCGUGGCAGGCGUUCAAAAGGGGAGCGAGAGGGAGAAACUAGAAGUACGAAAAGAGUGCGAUACACAAUCACGACUGGCGGGGGCGAGUACGAAGUAUGAGACACGAAGUGAGUGUAUGAUACAUGAGCGCGAGGGCGAGCAUACGUAGAACCUGUUUUUGUCACGAAUGAGAGUACGAGGGGAACACGAGAGGAACAGAUGGCCGCGCGAGACAUAUGAUCAUUUUCCCUUCGCGCGUUUUUCGCGGUACCCACGGUCACGUUACAGAUUAUGAAAAAAAAAAUUGAAGGCUAAUUAAUCUUGGUCGGAAUAAAAUAAGAAACACAACCACCUCUCUCCCGAAUCAGUGAUGAACUCGCCACUUUAUUUUCGAUCAUUGAAAUGGGGGCAGAGAUGGUCUCAGUUUCAAUUGUCCAAGAUUGUAGAUCCUUCACCGCAAUAUUUUCCUCGUUUUUAGUUAUAUGUUUUAAUUUAUAUUUUCAUUUAGCUAUUCAUAGAGUUUGUUUUUCCCCAAGAUCAUUUUUAAUUUCAAUAUUUUUAAAAUUUCAGUUAUAAAAGCUACGGCCAACGGGUGCAACAAAAAAAGCCCAAUUAAUAUUAAUGUUAAAAUAUUAAAUUCGUUAUGGCAGAAUUCAGGCAUUAGGCCUUAAAAACCAGCACACUAUAAAGCUCUAAGAAAUAAGUUCAAUAAAGAGCAAACUAACAAAGUAACGUUUUGUUCCUUCCGGUUUUUAAACUCACGUUAUAUUAACAACGAUUGAAAUAUUUUCACAUUCAUAGGAUGCAUUGGGGAAGCAAGACUUGCAGAAACGAGUGCUACAGUGGGAUGAAGAGCUACCAAUUCCCGACCCUCCCCCGCUGAAAAGUCUCUUAGACUUUCUAGUGAGAAGACGAACACUCUCUUGUUCAUCUGGUUGGACGCGUGCUUUCAACAAACGUCUUGUUCGGUAUACCUGUAGAAUUUUGGGACUUCAACGUGUACAUAAGAGGUGACAAAAAUGAGCUUGUAAUAUGAUCUUUACUAUAUACAACAGAUAGAUUCCAUGUUGCCGUGCGUCUGUUCAGUAAUAGAUCACAGAUGACGUCAAAAUGUGGUAAAAACAUUGGUAGCAUACAAGCCUAACGGCUCCUGUGCCACUUUUUUUGCUCUUACCACACUUUGGCGUCAUCUGUGAUCCAUUAGUGAACAGACGCACGGCAACAUGGAAUCUGUUGGUUAAAUCGGCAUCUCGCUGUGAAUAGAUUUGUUUAAAUGUAAAUGACAUUACAACGCCACACAUUCCUACUUUUUUUUCCUUGAAAGUGGGUACGGAAACUGUGAAGUUAUAAGCUGCGAGAGAUGUCUACAGCAGUAAAAUUUCCAAGUAAUUAUGUUUCUUUUGUAGGCUUACGUUUGCUUCGUUUUGUAGUUUUACAUUUGCUAAACCCUGAUUGGUUCUUAUAACAGGUGCAGGUUCUCAACUCAAUCAGAAAAGACGUAUCUUGACAUUUAGAUACAAUUUAGAACCAAUCGUGACAAUUGGUCCAAGAUUUUGAUCUUUCGGUCUACGCUGUAUUAUGCCUUGGCGUGAGAUGCUUUAGUGGCCAAGUGGACGCACCUUGGUGAACUGUUCCAUGCAUGCAGUUGGUGCACGUUGGGUGAAAGGUUGAAUUGGAUCAACUGCUCCUGCGACAUACCCUAACAGGGGCCUGGGAUCAAACGGUUACAACAUUUUCACCCACCUGAAUGCUGGAUCAAAAUUGACCAAGGCUAUGAAAAUGAGGAGCCUCGCUACGUUUUUUCUAGUCUGCGUAGCAGACGCUACAUGUUGCCGGAAAUUUCCGUCUGCAACACAGACUACGUUUUUCCAGGCUUGCCACAAUUAGCAGAUCCUUGCUUAUAUUCAUAACUGCUGCCUUAUUAUCCUAUUUUCGUUGAUAGAUAGUAAAUAGUCUUUCCUUAUAAAAAUGCUUUAUUUUCACAUAUCAAUCCAACAUAAGAUGUGCAAAUACCCCUAACACAUGUUUUUCUAUAUCAGGAUGUACGAACAACACUCCAGAGACCCUGUGCACAACUGUUGGUAUGCACCAGCCAAUCACGGGGACACAUUCGGUAUCCGCCAUGAUGAAAUAUAUUUCCACGAAGACAUCAUUCCUUCACAACCUGUGACGUCAUACGCUGUGCUAAUUCGGGGGAGCCCACGGAAUGCUGGCACAUCGGUUGAAGGCGGGAUUGGAGAAUUCAAGAGUUCUCGAGAUGUUUCCUCGACAAACCAACCAAAUGUUAUGGUAGACCGUGCUGUCUCCCUUAUAGAUGGACUCAUGAAAGCCAGGGAUUUUUACAUGAGCAGUGAAUCCAACCAAGAUGUAAUAAAGGAGACGCCACUCUCGAUGCAGUGGUAUAAUUAUAUAUUUUCAUGCUCCAUGCAGUUUCUGCCAGGCUCCAUUGAGCGCUACAAGGCUCCUGCAGGUCAUUCAAGGCACAUUAUUGUGAUGGUGCGAGGUAACAUGUACAAAGUGGAUCUGACUUGCACCAAUGAGGACGGACAAGAGAUUGGUACAGCCAAUAAUGAUCUAAGAAAACAAAUGAAGGAGAUCUUACUGACGGAUGCCUGUAGAGAAUCAUCAACUCCAAUAGCUGUUCUAACAACCAUGACUCCACCUAACAGAUGCCAAGAAGAACAACUUCUCAAGUGCCUCAGCGAACGAAACGUCACAAAUCUCUCGCUUGUCCGCGAUGCCCUCUUCGUCGUCGCGCUCGACCCUGACGAUUCUCCGAGAACAGUAAACGAAGCCAUGUUCGCGCUUCACUCGGGAAACUUCAUUAACCGCUGGUAUGAUAAAAGUGUACAGUUGGUUGUUUUCGGUAACGGAGUGGCAGGAUUCGUCAAUAACUAUUUAGCAGCGAUGACAGGAACAGUCGGCACAAACUUCGUGCGAAUUGCUGUGGGAAAUGAAGGUUUGUGUGAGGAGCAUGCAAUAAACGAUGACGUUGACGUGACGAUCUCGCCAGAGCCUUUUGCUAUCAGGUGGGAUGACACUGCAGACGGGUAUUUCAAGCAAAAGAUUAAAAGUGUAAUCAAGACCAAUCGAACAUCCGGGCCCUUUAAGCCAGUGUCUCAAGACGUGUUUAAAAUCUGCCCUGGCUACAGUUUUGAAGAGUUGUGUAAGGAACAUCGGGUUACCCCAGGUGGCGCUUUCCAAGCUGGAAUGCAGCUGGCGCUCUCGAAGAUUGCUGGAAGAUGUAUGAGUGUGAACGAAGUGGUCAGCAUAAGGCACCUUCGGUUUGGUGGAAUGACAUUAAUGGACAGCAGUAUGGCAGACAUGAAGAAAUUCGUCGAAGAAGCACGCAGAUCAUCACUGAGCAUGAGUGAGCAAGAACGCUUGGCACUUAAGUCUCUGCUGAAAGAAGCGAUUCAAAGCUACAAAGACGAAGUCCUGCGAUAUAAGAACGGCGAAAUCAAUCUAUGGCAUUUAGACUCUCUGUAUAGAAAUCUUGGUCUGACCAAUCGCCUUCCAUUUCGAAAAGCUCCACGAUUAGGACUGUUGAAAAAUGUAAAAGAAAUUGUUUUGGGAUAUAUUAGAGCACCUCAACUCAAUAUACUGCCACCCCAAGUCGCUGAAAACGUGACGUCCAAUCCCUGCUGGUACCCUGAGAUCGAAGCGAUCGGGAGGCCUGGGGUCAAGUGCAUUCUCCCACCCACAUCAAUGGCCCUACAUUACAUGUUUGGGAGAAAUGCGAUUUCCAUCACAGUGAAUGCAAAUCCUGAUCAUCCUUGCUAUAAAAAUGAGGAGACCUUUGUCAAAGAACUCGAGAGUUCCUUGCGAUUGGUCAAAGAUUUGCUUAAUACAAAAUAACAACAACAAAUUGCGAUCUUCAGUUGUUUCAGUAAAAUAUAGUGGCAUUCCAUUACCAUUGUAUUUCCAAGAAAUCAAGAAAAUAACAAAACUUCUUAACCACAGAUAAUAAGUAAACAUAAAAUAUACAAUGUACAUUCUUUAACCAGGUUCCCGCCUGUGACACAUUCAGAAGUCGAGUUUGUCAUUAGGUAUAAGCACGAAAAAUAAAAGACGAAAACUAACCCCAACAUCUCUUUGUGACAAACAUAAUCAGUUACAUGUCAUUUAAUUUCGAAAAAAAAGUGGCCAACAUGGAUGACAGAUUCUAAGGUGUUUAGAUCACGGUUUUAGCAUUUAAAUUAUUAAAUUAUGAUCGCAGGAUCAGAUUGUACGUACUCCACGGCGGGCUGGGCAGCUCUGCAAUUAUCAGAGGCUCUCUCGGCUGAACUAGUUGAUACUCUACACAAAGGCUGCAAUUACUCAUUGCUUCCGCGAAAUGAUUGCUCAUACCAGACCGGAAUUAAACCAAGCAUCCUUGACCCGUCUCAGACAAGCUUGUUGUCGUUGAUUCGCUUUAUCAUUUCUUUGUGUAGUGUAGUCCCGUUGUACACUCCGAUUUCAUCCCGAUGAUCCUAAUACUAAACAGUAGACCCUUUUCAUAAAUGACUACCAAUUUUUGAAUAAUUCCUGAAUUAGCCUCACUAGCCGCCUUUGAGAGGAAACAUUCUUUUGAAUUAGCCACUCAAAAACGAGGUUAGUCAGGCUAAUUUUAAUACUUACAAAAGGAUUUAUAACUGGCAACCAUUUAAAAGAAGGGUCUAUUAUGGGGGGUGCUAUCAGUCUCUCGAUUUUUUGCUUUGUUUGCGGUCAUCCGUAGGACAGUCUGAGUCUUUGGAGUUGGUUAUCUACUUCAGUAAGGCACUGGAUUUUCUCUAUAGGCCAUCGUUUGAAAUUCUCAGGAAUUCAGCCACGUUGAAUGACACCCAGUUCCAAGCUAAGGCAACAGACCUCUUUAAUUUGUGUUCUGGUCUGAGACAAUUCCUAGGGGUCUCCUUAGGGGGGCAUUACAUGGCAUUGGUACUCCAGAGAGCCUAUCGGCAAGGAACAUAUCACUUCCUUUCUUAUAAUGAACUUGAGGUAUAACUUCUGUAGACGAAGAAGCAUGCAUGGCUGCUGUUAAAGUGGAUCGAAAACAAUGGUCACAAUCUGUACGUUGACGGACUCGCUACAUAACAUGUACUGGUUAAAUCUCUCGCAAGGAAAGACCAAAAACCAAAAACUAUUUCUGUAUUUUCAGAGCCAAAUCUCUCUCUUUUGAUGUCAGGCACCACAGGCUGGCCAUCCAGGAGCACGGCUGCACCCAAACCAGUCUAACUACCGUCGCACAUAUGGUGACCGGUGGUCUGCCAUUGGUUGCUUGACACGGUCAAAUGCAUCUUGG